AUGCGGCACAUAUUCUGCACAGCGGCGGCGGGGGAGGCGGCGGGGGAGGCGUGCCGGCCCGGUGCCGGCGGUGCCGCCGCUGCCUCAUUCAGUGCCGCUCGCGACCCAGGCGUGCGCGCGCUGCCGCAGCCAGCCCGCGCUCUCUCGCUCGCUCUCGCAGUGCCCGCUCGCCUCGCGCAGACGCCGCCGCCGCCGCGCGCAAGGUUGAGGUCGGCCAGUGCCCUGCCCUCGGCUAUGGACAGUAUGUUCCGCCAGCGGAGGAUCUCCGUGCCCAAGAGGACGAGCGAGCUGGUGGCGCUGAUGGCGCUGUCCACGACGCUCUUCCUCUUCAUCCACACGCGCGACCUGCACACGCGCCUGCGCCAGAUGCAGGGCAAGCUGCCGCCCGACGACGCGCCCUCCGCCAACCAGCUCUCCGAUCCACAUCAAGCAGUCACAAAAAAUGCAACUAUUGGAAAUUGGCUGCCCCUGAGCUUGAAAGAAUUGCUGUCGAGAUCAACUAUCAUAAUCACAGCGAGAGAACUGGAGGGGCUGGACGCGACGGAGCUGAACAACACGCGUCGCGCGGGCGUGGAGGUGGUGUUCUUCAACCGCGUGCCCAAGGUGGGCAGCCAGACCUUCAUGGAGCUGCUGCGCCGCCUGUCCGUGCGCAACCGCUUCGGCUUCCACCGCGACCACAUCCAGCGCGUGGAGACCAUCCGCCUGGCGCCGGCCGACCAGCUGAACCUGGCGAUGCACGUCAACAGCUUUCCCCCGCCCGCUGUCUACGUGAAGCAUGUGUGCUUCACCAACUUCUCGCAAUAUGGUCUGGCUUCUCCCAUCUAUGUCAAUCUAGUUCGUGAUCCAGUAGAAAGAGUUAUAUCUUGGUACUACUAUGUACGAGCUCCAUGGUACUACGUUGAAAGAAAGCAAGCUUUCCCUGACAUUCCAUUGCCUGAUCCCAGAUGGCUCAAAAAGGACUUUGAAACUUGUGUGCUGCGAGGUGACAGGGAAUGCCGCUAUCUGGAAGGCGAAACUCGAGAGGGUAUUGGAGAUCACAGAAGGCAAUCUCUAUUUUUCUGUGGGCAUAGUGACUCGUGCACGCCAUUCAAUACUAUUGGUGCCCUUCAACUGGCUAAGCGAGCCGUUGAACAACAUUAUGCAGUAGUUGGAGUACUUGAAGAUUUAAAUACCACUCUUACAGUUUUUGAACAUUACGUGCCACGUUUCUUUCAAGGAGCAUCUGAAGUUUAUUGGGAAGUUAAGGACUUGGUACGUCGCAACUUCACACGUGAAGUUGAAUUCUACCAGUUCUGUCGCCAACGACUCCACAAGCAACUCUUGGCUCUCCGUCUUCCUUCUGCCCGUGGCAAUGCGUGA